UCCCGCUCCGCCGCCAUGAGCUACAACGCGGAGCCGGCGGCGCUGGCCGCCUCCUACCGCCACCUCUUCGCGGGGACCCCGCGGCGCCCCGAGGGCCGGCGGGCGCGCCCGGGCGCGGAGCGGGAGCGCAGCGCCGAGCCGCGGCGGGCGCGGGCCAGCGAGAAGGAGCAGCUGCAGGGCCUCAACGAGCGCUUCGCCGGCUACAUCGAGCGGGUGCGGGCGCUGGAGGAGCGGAACCGGGCGCUGGCGGCCGAGCUGGCGGCGCUGAGGCAGCGCUCGGCCGAGCCGCGCCGGCUGGGGCGGCUGCUGGGCGGGGAGCUGCGCGCCCUGCGCGCCCGGCUGGAGGAGGCGCACGGGGAGCGGGCCCAGGCGGCGCUGGAGCGGGCGCGCCUGGCCGAGGAGACGCAGCGGCUGCGGGCGCGCUGCGAGGAGGAGGCGCGGAGCCGGGCCGAGGCGGAGCAGGCGCUGCGCUCCCGGCAGCAAGCGGCCGAAGGGGCCGCCCGGGCUCGGGCCGACCUGGAGCGGCGGGCGGAGGCGCUGCGGGAGGAGCUGGCGGCCCUGCGCAGCGCUCACGCCGAGCAGCUGGCGCAGCUGGGCGCGGCGCUCCGCGCCCCGGGCCCGGCCCCGGCCCCCGCCCCGGCCGGGCGGCCCGACCUGGCGGCGGCGUUGCGGGAGCUGCGCGCCCAGUACGAGGCACUGGCGGCCCGCAACCUGCAAGCGGCCGAGGACUGGUACCGCGCCCGCUGCGCCCGCCUCCACGAACGGGCGGCCCGCAGCCAGGAGGCCGUCCGCGCCAGCCGCCGGGAGGCCGGCGAGUGCCGCCGCCAGCUGCAGGCCCGCUUGGCGGAGAUGGAGAGCCUGCGCGGCGCCCACCAGUCGCUGGAGAGGCAGCUGCAGGAACUGGAGGAGCGGCACAGCGCCGAAGCCGCCGGGCUGCAGGACACUAUUGUGCAGCUGGAGGACGACCUGCGAAACACCAAAAACGAGAUGGCUCGGCACUUGAGGGAGUACCAAGACCUGCUUAAUGUCAAGAUGGCCCUUGAUAUUGAGAUAGCUGCCUACAGGAAGCUGCUGGAGGGAGAGGAGAACCUCUUCAGCAUGGGAAGUGUCGGCCUUUCAGUGCUCGAUCCCCUCCCCAACCCCACUUACUCCUUCCAGCCUAAAGGCUUUAGUUCCUCUACUCUGUCCUUCAAGGAGGAGGAGCAAGGAGAGGUUAUUAAAGUGACCUCUAAAAUAUCAUCCAGCAGGGCUGAGAUGAUCGAGGGGACCAUAACCUCUGCCAAGAAAAGAGGGAGAUUAAACCUGCAUGAAGGAUUCAUUGCAAAUGCAAAAAUGUAACUGUCAGGACCCUGUCCAUUUUGCAUUUGAGGGGGAACAGUCUCCACUCGGCCUUUAAUUGUCCUCUGGGCACGAAGCCACGCUGGGCUUGCAGGAAGCCCCCCUUAGAAACACACAACCCUCCAGGGUCACUGACCCGGGGCCGGCUUCCUUGUGGGUCCUGCCCUGCAGAGGCCGAGCUUGGCACACUGCUCCCUUUUAAAUGGGUGGAGGCAUGGGCAGGUAGCUAGAUGCAUGUUGGUCAUUGUUGUGGUGGCACAGUGGACUUGUAGCACCCACCACCCCUCCUUCUCUCCUUCCCUCCUUCCCUCCCUCCCUCUCUCCCUCCCUCCCUCCCUCUUUUGGCAGUGGGCGAUGGGGAGCUGCUCACCCAGCUCUCUAGGGAGGUGGGGGCAAGGGAAACAACUCAACAUGUUUACUAUAACUAGUUCCAAGGCUACAGACCUUCAUCUACUAUCCAAAUCCAUGUAGAGCUAAACUCUUCCCCACUCCUCAAGAUGUGGUCGUCUACUUUUAAUCCCAAAAGCACAGAAAUAGCCAUACGGGACUGUAACCACACCUGACGUCUGGUCUAUGAGCCACUUCUGUUUUAAACUAUAAGGAAUGUUCAUGUUUUUUUUUUUUUUGUCCUGACAACUGUUUUUUGGCAGCAUUAGUCCAGCCCAGAGCCCAGGGUUUGCUAGCAGCAGGUGCAGGUCGGGGAGCUGGUGCGUCGCAGGGUGCAGCACCUCAUCGGGUGUCACUCGCUCCAAAAUGUUGGGCUCUGCAGAGCCCCUUGUUUGGCUGCACAGUCAUCACGUGAAGACCCCACGCGUACAUUAGCAUCGUGCCCCGGCCGGCGCUGAGAAGCUGCAGGACUCCCAAACACCAGCCCACAAAGCAUUGUUGUCUCCGCUCUAACUGUUCGAACGUGUGCCAAAUUCGAUAUAGGAUUUACAACCAUAGGUUUCCUUCAAUGCCUUAAAAUUGCCAGCGAUCGCUUUUGCAAGAGCCGGAGACUCCGCGUGUGCGUGUUGUGUGCCAGUGCCCUGGCAAGGUUAUCAUCAUGAGACCUUACUGCCCUCGUGGUGGUGCCAGAGUAGUUUCUGGAACCAGCAAAUUGUUUGCUCGCACUCUUUCCUCUUCUAUUGUAAGGCACAAGUUAAUAAUUAAAAAGAAAGAAAUAGUUAUGUGGAUCAAA